UUCAAAACUUUCAAACAGGGCAGGCAGACAGAGAGACAGUGAGUCGGACGGCCUAAGUGACGGAGGGGAAUCGAGCUUUGGACAAACCGCUGCACCACACACUCCAAACAAGAACUGUGAACGAGUGAAGAAAAGAAAGAGGCAGAGUCAUUGUGGAUCAUUUUCAGGGGGAAUAUCCUGCACCACAACUUGUUUGUUUUCUCUUUCUUUCUCAUCUUCCCCCUCCUCUCAGAUCUCGAUGCUUUGCUUUGGGAUUUGUGCUCCAAAUCCAUCAAAUUCCUCUCUUGAUCUUUCUCUUUGUCAUCUGAAACAUUUUGAGUUACACAUUUUUUCCAGAACUUUGCAACCCAACAAACUGAGACAGACGUUUUCAGAAUAUCACUUGGACUAAAAGUUGAAUCCAAGCCCGGUUCUGGAAUGAAUUUAACCGAGCCUAGCUUGUCUAGAGAGACUCUUCUGCAUGCCAAUCGGGUGUCUCUCGGGGGCCCCUGGGUGUCCAGGACCCCGAGCCCCGCCUCUGAUUCUGAAAUGGGUUUUGAGCAGAACCUCUCCGGGGACUGCAGUUCACCCGAUGGCCUCGGAUGCGGGAACAUGAGGAGGACAGAACCUAGGAUUUCUCUCACACCCAGUUCGGGGGGACAGAGUCCGGACAUGACCCAGGCGGGAGGUGUGUCGGCAGGCACGGUCGAUGGGAAAGCCAUUGGGGGUGAGCAGAGGAUCCGCAGGCCUAUGAAUGCCUUCAUGGUCUGGGCUAAAGAUGAGAGGAAGCGACUGGCCCUGCAGAACCCCGACCUGCACAAUGCUGUGCUCAGCAAGAUGCUCGGUCAGUCUUGGAAGGCCUUGAGUGCUACAGACAAGCGGCCAUUUGUAGAGGAAGCUGAACGUCUACGUGUCCAGCACCUCCAGGAUCACCCAAACUACAAGUACAGACCACGCCGCAAAAAGACCACCAAAAAACUCAAGCGGGUUGAACCAGGGCUUCUGCUUCACAGCUUAGCCCAGGGUGGGGGACCAGGCCUUGGAUUAGGAUCUGGUGUCAGCCCCUUGGGUGCAGAAGGUAUCUCUGGAGGUUCUCCUUAUGGACACCCAGGUGCCCACCCUACGCAUCACCAUCAUUCUCACCACCUGCUGCCCUCUCUUGGGCACUUCAGGGACCUCCAGGCCCCAGGACACCCAGAGCUGGAGAGCUAUGGCCUGCCCACUCCGGAAAUGUCCCCUCUGGAUAUCCUGGAAGAUGGAGCUGGGGAAUCUGUGUUUUUCCCCCAACAUAUGCAAGAGGAGGCAGGGAUGGGAGGUUGGAGUGGGUACCACCACCACCUUCACCAUCAUAACCAGCAUUACAGCCAUAAUUAUAACCAUAGUCACCACAACUCCAUACAUGGUGCAGCAACCUACAGUCAGAGUUCAGGAAUGAGUGUUGGGCCCAGUUUAAGCACCAGUAUGAAUUCCAGUUUGAGUCCUGGUAGAAGCUCCAGAGUUGAUUCAAGAAUGAGUUCUGUUGAGUCAAAUAUGACCUCAGGCAUGAGCUCUGCCACCUCAGUUUUGGCGAGUUCGGUCAACUCUAGGUUAAAUACUCACGCUACCGGUCACCACAUCGCCUUGCGGAGUCCUGUAAAGUGCCCACCACCUCUGUCCGACUCCUCCUCCCCUGUUUCCUACUCCCAGCCCUCCAUCAGCCUCCCUGAGCCAAUAAAAUCCCACCAAACACCACAUCAAGCCACUGCUCCUGUUGGCUACUUCAGCCAGAUGUACGGGAGCAGCACCCCGAAUGCUGCAUAUUACAUGCCUUCUCACCUGGGGCAACUGUCACCUCCUCCUGAAACCUCUCCUUCUUCCUGCUCUUCCUCCUCCAUUGUCCAGUCAAACUUCCCUCCCACUUUGCACUUAGACCCUUCAAAUGCAGAGUCUUCCAGCAAUUUGGGCUCUUCUUCUGCUGAGUUUUGGUCUGAGGUAGACAGGCAUGAAUUUGACCAAUAUGUAAAUGUUGGAAGAAAUCGAGAGGAGGCCUAUGGGCGUGGUGGGGGUUGUGGGGGUGGCCUGAAAGUCCUGAGUGGGCGAAGUAGCAGUAAUGUAGGUAGUAGCAUGAAUAGCAGUAUUAUUAACAGGGAUGUCAGUAGCAUUUUGAGUGGUGCUGGUGGGUGUGAUGAAGGGAGUAGCCCUCUUAUAUCUGCUCUCUCUGAUGCCAGCAGUGCUGUCUAUUACAGCGCCUGUAUCACUGGAUAAAUACUCCAUGAUCUCAUCUUUCAUACCUCCUUGCAUACUGCACAGUGUGGUUUGGUUCAUUGGAGCCAUUGUUACGUGAUUGGGAGGAAGUAUAUGGGGAAGAUUAGUUUUGGCUCAUACUUUUAGUCAAGUCAUUGUCUUGUCUUGCUGAUGUCUCACAGAUUCCAACUCUAAAUAUAAAAUUUUAAAGUUUUCUCUAAAUACUAAAAAGAAAAAUGCUGAUUAGCGGUUUCAUUGUAGAAGCGCUUACUAGAGCCGAAGCUGGGUAGAUCCAAACCACAGUUUUUGAAAAAUGUGCUAACUUGAAAAAAUAAAGAAACUGGCAAAGAAAGCCCUCUUGUCAAAUUAUAUGAACAUUUACAUGCUAAUUGCUUAUUUUAAAAUUUAUUUAUGCAUUCCUGAACAUGAUUUUGAUCCUUGAUAGCUACAGGCUAUCUUAACUUUAAUUUCCUAGCCUGGGUAACUUGCAACCAGCAGGAUUGUUUGUAGGAUUCAUGGAAUAGCCUGAUAUGGAUUACUAGCUGUUGGCACCUUUGCUGGCAGAGCGCAUUAGCUAAGGGCAUUAGCUAACUUAAGGAGAAUAAACUCCUUUUUGCAUCUCUCUAAGCUUGAAGCUCUUUAUCAAGAUAUUUUAUGUUGAUCCAAAUGAAUAGUACCUAUGUUCUCAAGGUGCUUCCUGGGGACAAAAAAGAAAAUAAAGAAACAAGUGUGGGAAGGGAAGGUAAAAGAAAGGCAGCUGGAGAGUACCAUAGAAUAGCCUUGUGCUUUUCAGUUAUUUAUCGAGGUUGCUAGGUCUCUGUUUGCAUAGUGCUAAUAAACUGGGAGUCUAUCAAUUGCUGGAUACAUUUAUGACCUGCAACUUGUUCUGGAGGCUACAUAGUCUGAAGGAUUCAAGGAUCUCAACAAGUGCUUGUCUUAGCUGAAGUUCCUAUAAGCAAGACACUAAGGUCUUACAUUUUCCACUUUGUUUCUCUGCUAUCUAACCCCUCUGGUGACAGACAGUAUAUGAUAUAUAGGCCAAUAAUGCAAGUAAAAAUAUUUCUUUAAUUGCACUGUGCGUACUCUCAGAAAAAUAUGCAAGUAGGACAAAUCUGAAUUGCAAGAUCAUCUCAUUUCAUUUUUGACAUUUCAUCUCAGGACCAGGCAAAUAAAUAUUCAUCUCACUGAACUUGAUUUUAAGUUUAGAUUAAUUCAUCGCGUUUGUUAAAUGGGAACAUGGACAAACUCGGGAGAUGGACAGAGGGAAAAAGACUCGAUGGGAGAGACUUGAUCCAGCCUCUACUUAUCUCUCUGCAGUGAUGUCGGGAAAGCUUUGGCCACAGACCCAGAGCAGACCACUGAUGUCUCCCACAAACUAUCAGGAUGUUUUACAAGCUGGGUCGGGUUCUUUCUGACCGUGAUACAUGCCGUUCCCUUUCUCAGUCUCAGUCCAUGACAGGGCCUCAUGUCAAACUACAUGCCAAAAUCUGAAAGUUUUAAGUUGCUUUACUUCUUGGCAAAAAAAGAUAUCUUGAUGAUUCAAAGAUCAUUCUUCUUAACCAGUAAGCCUCUCGGGUAUAACAAGCAUAUCAUUUCUUUAAACAAUGUCUCCUUUUUUAACGUUAAAAUGUGUAGAAGAUUGGGUUCAUGAAAACAGCUUCAUUUUAUACUUUAAAAUUAAUCAUUUCCAGUCCCAGCAUAUUUGCAAUUUUAUUCAAUGCAACAUUAUACUUCCAGGUUUUGGUAAGCAGUUUGACCACUCUAAGAAAAAACUGUUCAAUUCUAUAUUUCAUAAAAAAAAUUGUUGAAGGAAAAUGGUUUUCAUAGGUUUUAUAAUUUGAUGUAGCCGUUUAUACUGUAUAUAUAUAUAGUUGCUAAGCCUCUUGGCAGUAUGUGAUGGAGAAAUUGAGACUAUGAAAUGUUCUCUUUGCACUGAGUUUAAUGUCUUAGCUGUAUAGAAGGAACACUACUUAUCGAAAGUCCCUAAUUUUAAAUAUGUUUUGUACAGAAAGGACUGUGUUUAUUUUAUAGAUUCUGUUUUAAAAUGUCUUGUCUCAAAGAAAAAGUUUGACAUUUUAGGAAACAGGCUUUCGUGCUGAAAUUUAGAUGAGAAGAUUGAGACCACUCUUGUGUCUAGAUGUUAAACUGGAGCUUGGAGUUGAUUAUCCUAGCUUAGCAUAAAGAAAGGAAUCAGGGGAUCUGCUAGCCUGGCUUUCCUCAAAAUUCAAAGGUCUGCAUACCAGCACUUCUACUUUACUAACUAACAUGUUCUCAUGUUCAUCUUGUUUGUUUAAUCUGUACACAAACAGAAAUGUUACAACAAUAAUUUGUGGUUUUUCAGUGGGAGUUGUGCUGUGUAAUUACUGCUCCUGCUGUUGUUUGACAAGAAAUAGAUACACAAGGCAAAACAUAAAAUUGUUAGUCUGCCUUCACUGUUUGUGCACCAAUUAAAUUUAGAGGCGAUAGUAGGCAGAUUUUUGAACUAGAUGUUUCCCCAUGUAUGCUAAGUUAGGCCAAUCGCCUCCCAGCUCCAUUCUCAUCCCAGUGAUCAGGAUAUCCUCACCUCACUCUGAGCAAGAAAGUGAAUAAGUGUAUUUCCAAAAAUGUUGAACUAAUCCUUUAAAGAUAAUUGGAAUAUAAAUGCAUUGGAGCAGUGGUUUCCACUGGUCUCUUUUUAUCUGUUCCUCCAAAAUGUUGUGUAUUAUAAACUUGCCUUCAAAAGGAAAUCUAUAAUUGUAAAGAUCUCUUGUAGAUCUCUAUGGGUCUUUAAUGGGUUACAUGUUACACUUUGUGCUACCAGUGAUACCAGAAAAUGAGAAACCUUUCCCUCCCACACCAAUGAUAUUUAUCUAAAUGACUGGAAAUUCAAAUGAGAACAUGUGGUUUUGUUUCUGCUGAGAAAAUGAAAAAUCAACAGUUGUAGCCACUGUAGAGGUCUCUCUGUAUGUGUUUAUGUAGCAUUUAUGCUGUAAUAUUUUUGUAUACAGUGGGAGCAAAAAACAGAAGUCUCUCUUCAAGGAUUUAUCCUGCAUCUGUUCUGCGUUAGUCCUACAGACAAUACUUUUUUUUUGGACAUGAAACAGUAGAACAAAAUCGAGCAUCUUGUACAGUGAAACCAGUUAUAUUUACCACACCGUUCCUUGUGGCCGUCAUUGGUUGAAAACAGAGAAACAGUAGAUUUUUCCUAACAUUUCCUCUAGAGGAUGGAGCCACAGAGAAGCAGCAGUUCAAGCAAAGUAUUAAAAAAAUACUUCUACAUCUGCAUUAGACAUUCUUUUCUGUUGACACCAAACAGAGUCUUGUUUCCAUUUUAAUUUACUGUGACACACAAAGAACAUCAGAGAGACAGGCGUUUUUUUUGAGUCGUGCAAUAACUCUGGGGCUUUUGGUAAUAAUUAUCCGAAGAAAAAAAACGAAACACCCAAGAUUUUGGGAUUAAAACAAAGGGCAUUUUCUCAGCAGUCAUAUAACGACAAAUUAAAACCAGGAUUUUCCCAGAAAUGUCACUGUGGUGCUUCUAAAUCUGUCUGACGGGGACAAUUAUAUUUUCUGUCGUAGAUGGUUUUGUUUGUGUUUAUAUUUGAAAAAUGUGUGUUGGCUGUAAAUGGAUCUGUUCUGGUUUUUUUUAAAUAAUGUUACAAAAUAAACACUUCUAAGGUUGCA